CUGUCCUGUGUUUCGGGCGGGCUGACCUUCCAGGAGCAUGGCUGACGGCCCCGAGGCUGCUGAGGACGAGCCGGCCAGCGUGGGAGUCCCCCCACUCAUCACCGUGUCUGCUCUGCCCAGCACUGCUGCAGGUAAACAUGCUGCAGGUCGUAACCUGAAAGAGUGGCUCCAGGAGCAGUUCUGUGACAAACCUCUGGAGCAGGAUGACAUGCGACUCCAUAACGCAGCGUACGUGGGUGAUCUGGACACCCUCAGCAACCUGCUGCAGGAGGAUGGCUUCAGGCGGCGUAUCAACGAGAAGUCGGUGUGGUGCUGCGGCUGCCUGCCCUGCACGCCUCUCCGGAUCGCAGCCACAGCCGGACACGCUGCAUGCGUGGCCUAUCUGAUUUCUCAGGGAGCCAAGGUGGACCUAGUGGAUGUCAAAGGUCAAACGGCCCUCUACGUCGCGGUGGUUAAUGGUCACCUCGACUGCGUCCGGAUCCUCCUGGAAGCUGGAGCGGAUCCCAACGGGAGCCGCCACCACCGCAGCACCCCGCUGUACCACGCCGCUCGCGUGGGGAGGACGGACGUCGUGCAGGAGCUCAUCCGAUUCAAUGCUGACGUUGACAUGGAUCACCAACUGGGUCCUCGGCUCCUGCUGAGCGCUCGCACCCUCAACACCCUGGUGGUGUGUCCUCUCUACAUCAGCGCCGCCUACCACCACCUGGAGUGUUUCCGGCUGCUGCUCCGAGCCGGCGCGCAGCCCGACUUCAACUAUACGGGCCCCGUCUGCCAGGAGGCUCUGACCCGAGGCCUGGCAUCCUGCUUGCUGGACGCAGUGCUGCGGCACGGGUGCGAGGUGGCCUUCAUCAACCUGCUGCUGGACCACGGGGCCAACCCGGCCCUCAUGCCCUCCGACCAGUCUGAGCUGGAGGCCCCAAACCGGAGGAGGGUGGAUCCAGAGGCGCUCAGAGUCUUCCUGGAGGCCAAGAGAAACCCUCGUCGGCUGACACACUUGUGUCGCAUCAGGAUCCGGAGGGCGAUGGGUAAACGCCGUCUGAACCGAAUAUCCUCACUACCGCUACCAGAACCUAUCAAGAACUUCUUGCUUCACCAAAACUGACCACCUUCUUGUCUUGUAAAUUCUCAUCCAAUCGUAUCUUUGAAAAGAAAGAAAAGAAAAAAACCUCAGUAUGUCCUAAAGACAAGUUGCUAUGUAGUUAUUAUUUUUUAAUAAUAAACAUGUUUGUUUUCCAGAUAUUUGGACGUUAGCAGUUAUUCUCUUUCCUCCAUGAUUCUGUAAAAAUGACUUGAAAUGCUUCACAACUCAUCAGAGAAGCCUUUGGCAUGUCACAACUUGUGAAGCUGUAUCUGUAUCGUACAGUAAAUGUUUGCCCAGAGCAGCAGGAUGUGUUCUGGUCCUACAUCAGGUAGCCCUUUAUGAUUCACAUGUCGCUUCAACAUACCGUUAAGUGAAUGUGUCAUGUACAGCAAAGGAAUGUCCCGAUCAAGCUCCUUACUUUGCUCUUUUAUGAUUUAUGCAAGUCUUGUUUUUAAGCUGUCUGUGCUGGCAGAUGUGCAACCUAGUAUUCUUAAAUUUGUACUGCAAUCGAGUUAUACUUCAAUACUUUGAUGACAGAUGCUUCACCAGCCACCUGUUAAGUAUCAUGAGUAAGUGUCUGCUCUUUUUCAAAUGGUUUCUGCUGUGGACUUUGCAGAUGAUUCUGUUUAACAAGCCAUCUGUUGCAUCCCACUACGUUUGAUUUUCAUAGAUCAAGGAGUUUUAUAUCCAAAGAUGCUGUGGCCCCCUCAAAAAAUGGAUAUAAGAAAUGAAAUAUGACUUUAUUGAUGGCCUAUUUCAAAUCUGUGAUGUCAUAUUCACGUGGGUUUUGAACUGUUUUAAGCCUGGAGUUGAUCCUCCGCAUUUCAGUCUCUGAACAUAUUUGGACAACAAUGGUGGAACUAGAGAGUGAUCCAUGAAAAAUGUAAACAUCAGCCCACUGGACAGAUGGAGGCAACGUUGCUAUGGUAAUACUAGUGUGUUGGAGCAAAAAACGUGCUGGAGGUUUUGUCUAUGUUGCUGUUUUAUGUUGCUUUAGUAACUAAAACUAGAAAAAACUAGCUCCUCUGCAGUCCUGUAGCAGCUGCUGAUGUCAUUUGGAGCAAGGUGAGCGAGAAUUUCAUUGCAGUUUACAGCUUGUGCCACUAGUUGUCACUACAGCCUACACACUGAAGCCUUUAGGUAAAAAAGAAAAGACCAAUAGCAAAAGCAAAUAUUUACCAAUAAAAGAGCAAUUCAAGGUUGUAGAUUGCAAGUUUGUGGUAGUAGACCAGAAGUUUACAUAUUGAGCUCAAUUAAUGUUUUAGCAGAAAACAUGAAUGAAUGAACUAGAAAACUUGGAUUGUAUAAGAAAGAUGAGUGAAACUACUUUUCUGCAACACUGACAAUCUGUGAAAUUAAAGAUGAGAUAUUUUUAUGAUAAGCAGAAAGGUUUGUUAGCAAGAAUGCUGCUUUCUGUUAGUCUGUUGUACCAUGUGUCUGCCGUGCAUGUCUGCACAGCUUUUUUUUUUUUCUCAAAAACUAGCAUUUAAAUGUGUUUCUUGCCUUUAUAUACUUUAAUUGCAUACAUUAAACGUGAUCACAGAUUG